AUGCUAUGCCCGGACCAUUUGUUGCUUUGGAACUCUCUUGUUGAUAUGUAUGCAAGAUCUAGAAAGGUUUUAGAAGCUAAAAGGCUAUUUGAUUCGAUGAGCAGGAGAGAUGAAGUGACUUAUACAUCCUUGAUUACCGGAUAUGGAAUACAAGGGGAGGGACGAGAAGCGCUGAAAUUUUUUGAUGAAAUGAAGAAGCGUCAUAUUAUACCAGACCAUGUAACUAUGGUGGCAGUUCUAUCAACAUGUAGCCAUUCAGGUCUAGUAACUGAAGGAAUUAAGUUGUUUGAACCGAUGCCUAGUACAUAUGGCAUAAUUCCAUGCUUGGAGCACUUUGCCUGCAUGGUUGACCUCUUUGGAAGGCCUGGAUUAUUACAUAAAGCAAAAGAGAUGAUCACAAGGAUGCCUUACAGGCCAAGUUCUGCCAUGUGGGCCACACUUCUUGGAGCUUCUCACAUCCAUGGGAAUGCAGAGAUAGGGGAAUGGGCUGCUGGGAAACUAUUGGAAAUGAGGCCUGGAAAUUCAGGUUACUAUGUGUUGAUUGCUAAUAUGUAUGCUGUUGCUGGUUGUUGGAGCAAAUUAGAAAAGGUAAGGACUUAUAUGAGAGACUUUGUUAGGAAGGCUCUUGGCUGUGCCUGGGUUGAUGUGGGCUCUGGUUUUUUCCCAUUUCUAGUGGAUGACACAUCAAAACCUCAUAUGAAUAAGCUUUACCCAUUACUGGAGGGGUUGACUGAACUAAUGAAAGAUAAUGAAUGCGUUGGCAAGGAAUAUGUUAGUUCAGUUGAUGAUGUGAUAGAGGCAAUAGGAUGA